UAGGAGGCAGCAUAUACGCUGCAGGCGUUGUACAGAAGAAGAAGAACGUUGUGCAUUAUGGGAUUGAAAUGGCUGAAUCGGCGACUGUAAACAUUUGCGUCGUAUUUACGAAUUUACGUUCUAAUUUUUUUAAAAGAUUGAUUGUCUCAGUCUUCUGGUGCGAACAACCUUGUCAAUAAAUAUUGAAGUUCGCAUUCAAGUUUUUUUUUUAUUCUGAAAUAAGAGAAAGAAGCGUUAGUGUUCUGCAGUUUGUUGCUUUUAUGCUAGCAAGUAGCUUUUGGGAAAGCUAACGCUAACUGUUCGAACUGAGGAUGGAGGAGGAGGAUGUUUCCAUGCAUAGGUUGGAAGGGACCAAUCCAGAAGCUCAGGUUGGUGGUCUGAUCGUAAAGAAGAAGAGUGCUGCUGCAGAACCCCAUGUUUUUCGAGCACCCACACCUCGCACAUCUUUGCUGGGCUUGGAUCUACUGGCUGCCCAAAAGAGAAAGGAGCGUGAGAAUAAAGAGCUGGAAAAUUCCAAUGACGAUGAAAGAGACAGAAAGAAAUCAAAGGUUUCUUCUUACAAGGACUGGGAAGAGGGUAAAAGUGACUCUGGGUCUGAUGAAGAGGAAGACGAAGAGAAUAAGAGUGCUAAGAAAGAACGGAAGUAUCGUGUGACUGGCUCUGAGACCCCUUCUAACCCUGGAGGAGUCAGUGAAGAGUUCAGACGCAGACACCAGCAGAGGGAGAAGGACAGGCGAGAGCAUGGGGUCUACGCUUCUUCUAAGGAGGACAAGAAGAAAGACAAAGAUAGGAGCAGAGACAAGAGCAGGGAGCGACGGAGUGAAAGAGAUGAAAGGGACAACAGCCAUGGUCGUGGUAGCAGUCGUUCAGAACGUGGGGAACGUAGCGACAGGAGUGAGCGCUCACAGAGAGACGGAUGGUCAGAACGCAUCAGUCGAGGAAGUAAAAGAGAUGAACCCGCCACACCGCAGCAGCGCCCCAGAGAUUCUUUCACACCUUCCCACUCUAACUGGGACGAGGACGACAGUGGAUACAACAGCUCGAGGCAUUCCCAGUGGGAGUCUCCAUCUCCUUUUUCAUCUCCAAGAGAUUCAGAUCGCUCAGAAAGAAGCCAUCGUUCUGGACGAGAAAGUGAGAGAAAGGACAGAUCAGUCCGAGGCCGUUACACUGAUGAUACACCUCUCCCAACACCAUCUUACAAGUACAAUGAAUGGGCCAAUGACAGAAAACAUUUGGGCUCAACACCUCGUUUGUCACAAGGGAAAGGUCGCAAAGAAGGUGCUGAGGGAGGAAUUAUGUUUGACAAUGAGAACGAGAAAGAAGAUUGGGAGGAGGACCAAAAGCAAGCUGACCGAGAUUGGUACAUGAUGGAUGAAGGCUACGAUGAGUUCCACAAUCCCUUCACCUCCACAUCAGAAGAAUAUGUAAAGAAAAGAGAGCAGAUUCUUCAGAAACAGACUCAGAAAAGAAUAUCUGCCCAGAAGAGACAGAUUAAUGAGGACAAUGAAAGGUGGGAGACGAACCGCAUGCUGACCAGUGGUGUGGUGCAAAGGCUGGAAGUGGAUGAGGACUUUGAAGAGGACAAUGCUACCAAAGUUCAUCUGCUUGUUCAUAACCUGGUUCCUCCUUUCUUGGAUGGAAGAAUAGUCUUUACUAAACAGCCAGAACCUGUCAUUCCGGUGAAGGAUGCUACCUCAGAUAUGGCUAUCAUCUCUCGAAAAGGCAGCCAACUUGUCCGUAAACAUCGGGAGCAGAAGGAACGCAAGAAGGCUCAGCACAAACACUGGGAGCUGGCAGGUACCAAACUUGGUGACAUUAUGGGCAUCAAGAAGACGGAGGAAGAAGAGCCUGGUGGCAGAGAAGUGGGCGAAGAUGGAAAAGUUGAUUACAAAGCAGACCAGAAAUUUGCGGACCACAUGAAGGAGAAGUCUGAGGCCAGCAGUGAUUUUGCUAAGAAGAAAAGUCUUGUGGAGCAAAGACAGUAUCUGCCCAUCUUUGCUGUCAGGCAGCAACUUCUCAAUAUUAUCAGGGACAACAGCAUAGUAAUUGUUGUUGGGGAAACGGGAAGCGGGAAGACCACCCAGCUAACACAGUACCUGCAUGAAGAUGGUUAUACGCGCUAUGGCAUGGUGGGCUGUACGCAACCUCGAAGGGUGGCAGCAAUGAGUGUCGCCAAGAGAGUCAGCGAGGAAAUAGGCAGCAACCUUGGAGAAGAGGUUGGCUAUGCAAUCCGCUUUGAGGACUGUACAUCAGAGAAUACAAUGAUCAAGUAUAUGACGGACGGAAUUUUGCUCAGGGAGUCUUUACGGGAGUCUGAUCUGGAUCACUACAGCGCUGUUAUAAUGGACGAGGCUCACGAGCGCUCUUUGAAUACAGAUGUUCUGUUUGGACUGCUACGUGAGGUUGUGUCAAGACGCAAUGACCUAAAGCUGAUAGUUACCUCUGCCACUAUGGACUCGGACAAAUUUGCGGCGUUUUUUGGCAACGUGCCCAUAUUCCAUAUUCCAGGGAGAACAUUUCCAGUUGACAUCUUGUUCAGCAAGACCCCUCAGGAGGACUAUGUGGAGGCAGCCGUGAAGCAGGCUCUUCAAAUCCACCUUAGUGGGAUGGUGGGAGACAUCCUCAUCUUCAUGCCGGGGCAGGAGGAUAUUGAGGUGACGUCAGAUCAGAUUGUGGAGCGUUUGGGAGAACUGGAUAAUGCUCCUCCUCUGGCUGUGCUUCCCAUUUACUCACAGCUUCCAUCUGACCUCCAGGCCAAGAUCUUCCAGAAGGCUCCAGAUGGUGUGAGGAAAUGUAUUGUAGCUACAAACAUCGCUGAGACGUCCCUCACUGUGGAUGGGAUCAUGUUCGUUGUGGAUUCAGGAUAUUGUAAACUUAAGGUUUUCAACCCUCGGAUUGGUAUGGACGCUCUCCAGGUUUAUCCAAUCAGCCAGGCUAAUGCCAACCAGCGCUCCGGUCGAGCUGGGCGCACAGGACCAGGCCAGUGUUACAGACUAUACACUUCGAGUGCCUAUAAGAAUGAGAUGCUGACCACCACCAUCCCGGAGAUCCAGAGAACCAACCUGGCCAAUGUGGUGUUGUUGUUGAAGUCCUUAGGUGUUCAGGACUUGCUCCUUUUCCAUUUCAUGGAUCCACCACCAGAGGACAACAUGCUAAACUCCAUGUACCAGCUGUGGAUUUUAGGAGCUCUCGACAACACAGGCGCUCUGACACCAACAGGACGCCUAAUGGUGGAGUUUCCCCUGGACCCCGCUCUCUCCAAGAUGCUCAUAGUGUCCUGUGAUAUGGGCUGUAGUGCGGACAUCCUCAUCAUUGUCUCCAUGUUGUCUGUCCCUGCCAUCUUCUACAGACCCAAGGGUCGCGAGGAGGAGAGCGAUCAGGUCAGAGAGAAGUUCUCCGUUCCAGAGAGUGACCAUCUCACUUACCUGAACGUCUACACCCAGUGGAAGAACAACAAUUAUUCCAGCAUCUGGUGCAACGACCACUUCAUUCACACCAAAGCCAUGCGCAAGGUGCGCGAGGUGCGCUCCCAGUUAAAGGACAUCAUGGUGCAGCAGAAGAUGAACUUGGUUUCUUGCGGCUCGGACUGGGACAUCAUUAGAAAGUGCAUCUGUGCGGCGUACUUCCACCAAGCAGCCAAGCUGAAGGGCAUUGGGGAAUAUGUGAAUGUGAGGACUGGCAUGCCGUGCCACCUGCACCCUACCAGCUCCCUGUUCGGAAUGGGCUACACGCCUGACUACAUCAUUUAUCACGAGCUUGUCAUGACCACUAAGGAGUACAUGCAGUGUGUGACUGCAGUGGAUGGAGAGUGGCUAGCAGAGCUUGGACCGAUGUUCUACAGCAUCAAGCAUGCAGGAAGAAGCAGACAAGAGAACCGCCGCCGUGCCAAAGAGGAGAUCACCAACAUGGAGGAGGAAAUGGCGAUGGCUCAGGAGCAGCUGCGCACGCGCCGAGAGGAGCAGGAGAAGAAGAGCAACAUGAACACUGUUCGGGCAGUUAAAAUCUGCACCCCGGGAAGAAAAGAGGAGGCCCCCAUGACACCCAGACGCACCCCGGCUCGCUUUGGACUUUAAAGCUCGCAUACUAUUGGUCAGCACCAGCACAUGACGAGUCCACCUCCAGCUGCUGCCUGCAGUUUGCUAAGCGACCACUAGAGUGAGAACUUGUAUAAGGCACAAAUCCAACAUGAGGCGAUCGGAACGCCUCGCUCCACCUCCACCAGCAUCUAGCCGUGAUACAUUCAAAGAAAUGUUUUAUUUUUUUACAUUUAGUGAUCAUUGCAAAAGAUUUUAAAUGUUCCCUUUUAAUUUCAGCCAAGCUAGGCUCUGAAUCUGAUCCCAACUGAUGUCAGUGGGCAUCUAAGAAAAUUUACAUUUUUUAUGCAUCUUUGUGUCCUUGCAUUACAGGCUGUGCCUCUACAGGCUGAAGCACCAUUAAAAUUGUACUUGCGGUAGAAGUGUGUAUUGAUUCUUAAGUUGAGUUAUAAAACACACAAUGCACUCA